AUGGCGGAUUACAUACCUCUAACACAAGAGGCAAUAGCACAAAUCGAAGAAGAAACAGCGAAAGACCCUAUAUUGCAACAGCUCCAGCUUAUAAUUCUACAAGUAUGGCUAAACAAGAACAACCUUCCACCCGAUCUAAUCCCAUAUUACAGCUACCGAGAUGAGGUAGUGGUGCAACAUAACAUUAUAUACAGAAAUGAUAGAUGUGUCCUACCGAAAUCGAUGAGAGCAAAUACCUUCCAAAAGAUACAUAGCUCACAUCUAGGCAUAGUUGGAUGUCAACGUCGAGCCAGAAAAUGCAUAUUCUGGCUCGUUAUGACUGCUGACAUUGCAGCUUAUGUCAGACUAUGCAAAGUUUGUCAAGCUCUUGGCACACAGCAGCAGAACGAAACGCUAACACCACACCAAAUCCCAAGUAGACCGUGGAGCAAAGUCGGACUGGAUAUCUUUACGCUUUCAGAUCAGCAUUAUCUGAUUACAGUCGACCACUACAGUAACUUUUGGGAGAUAGACCGUUUCGACAGUAUCGACUCAGCCACGGUCAUCAGAAAACUGAAAAGUCAUUACGCAAGAUAUGGUAUUCAAUCAACAGUUGUAUCAGACAAUGGACCACAGUUUACGUUAAAUAAAUUCAAAGACUUUGCCAAGACAUCAGUUUGA